AUGGCACCUUCUGUUUUGCAGCUUUCAAAAAUGGACAGCAAGUAUUGUCGUGUCGGACGCCUAAUCGACAUAGUUGAUGAAGAGUGGCGGACAGAGCAGCUACCACAUGAGGACAUUCAAGUUCCUCUGGAAGAAUUGCCUGAUCCAGAGGCUGACAGUGCUGAUUCCCAUCUUACCCUGAAAGAGCAGAGUAUGCGCUGGCAAGAGAACUUUCCUGAACCCGCUAGUCUUAGUCCAAACUAG